GUAAAAGCUCGUUAAUUUGCACCUCGUUAAUUCGAAUUUUCGAAUAAUUCGAACUAAGUGGCACAGUCCGGCCAUGCUCCAUAGAGCCCCAUGUAUUGAAAAGCUCGUUAUUUCGAAUGCUAAUCCGGCCCGCCACGGAUAAUUCUAACUGCGCGCCGCCGUAUCCAGCUCGCAGUCUCUGCUGUUAAGCGACAGAUGGCGCGACAUACACUAUCAUCAUCGCGUGUUUUUAGGGGGCAGCACUUGCGUUUAUUCGCAAAUGCUCUGCCGCAUCGUCAUGGACAGCGGGAUACGCAGUGCGUUCGGUGGCAACCCCGAAAUCGGCCAUUCUCUCCGUCGCCAGUGCAAUCGCAACGUCUAACUUCUAAGCCUCUCUUUUGUUCUGUACGCAUCCGUCGCAGACCGACACUGCUCGCGUGCCGCUAUGUCGUCGCGUGGAAAAUACCGUGCCAAAACGUUGAAGGAAAAAGUGGAAAUUCUGCGGGAAGUGGAUGCAGGGAAGCGGAGUAAGAAUGAAAUUGCCAAAAAGCACGAUAUACCGAGAAGCACGCUGUCGACCUACAUCCGCAAUAAGAAGACUAUUGAGGACUCGUACGCGGCUGAAACUUUCGCCAAGGAUCGGAAGAGAAUUCGUACAGCAAAGCACCCGGACCUGGAGGCAGCGUUGCUCGCAUGGAUUAAGGAAAAACGGAGCCAGGAUAUCCCAUUGAGUGGCCCCAUCAUUGUAGCGAAGGCGGCUGAUUUCGCGCUACGUCUGAACGUCUCCGACUUCGCCGCUUCGGACGGGUGGUUUCACCGCUUCAGGGACAGACACGACCUCGUUUUCCGCAGUGUGUGCGGCGAAGCCAAAGCCGUAGACGCGGAAACCUGCACCGUGUGGCGGAAUGGUGCGCUACUAGACCACCUGAACAGGUACGCACCAUCCAAUAUUUUUAAUGCCGACGAGAUCGCCUUGUUUUUUAAACUCUUGCCGGACAAAACGAUCACCUACAAGGGGGACGUGUGCGCAGGCGGCAAACGUUGCAAAGAGCGGGUGACGGUGUUGCUCGGGGCCAAUAUGACUGGAACCGAGAAGCUCCCCCUAUUUGUGAUAGGGAAGUCGCAAAAGCCUCGAUGUUUUAAGAACAUUCGCACGCUGCCGGCCGACUAUGCAGCAAAUAAGAAGGCCUGGAUGACGGGCGAGCUUUUCAAGCAGUGGCUGAGGAAACUCGACCGAAAAUUUGAGCUCGGCAAGAGGCAGAUUCUCCUCCUCGUCGACAACUGCUCGGCGCACAAGGUGGAAGUCGAGUUGAGAGCCAUUGAGCUGGUUUUUCUUCCGGCUAACACCACUGCGGCUCUUCAGCCUAUGGAUCAGGGCGUUAUAAAAGUUUUGAAAAGCUUUUAUAGACGCCACGUUCUCGAGAAGUUGCUCCUGUGCUCCGAUAAUGAGAAGAGCUACACCGUCACUCUGCUCACAGCCCUGCACAUGCUUGUGCGUGCCUGGAAUCAGGUAACCACAGAAACAAUUGCGAAUUGUUUCCGGCACUGUGGUUUCGGAGCCCUUAACGCAGACGCAAAUGAAGUUGAAGAGGACGUCCGCGCUCCGGUUCAUGUACGGGAGCUGCGCGGCGGUGUGCGGUGCCGUGACCGAUGAUGAAAUCAUCGCCCAAGUCGUCGGCAAAGACGAAAACCCAGCCGUGGACGAUGACGACGCGAAUGAUGAAGAUGAUGAUGAUGAUGUUGGUGAAACACCGGUACGACCUUCGUUGGCACAGGUGAUGGACGGACUAAAUCACGCCCGGCUUUUCUUCAGUUUCGAAGAAGGCGAAGACGAUGCUUUCCGGCUCAUUCGAGCUCUGGAAGAUAAAGCAGCAGCAAUCGCUUUCAGAGGCAAAAAGCAGAAAACCAUUACGGACUUUUUUUGCAAAUAAAUGUACCUAGAGGUGCUCUACCUUGUUUUUGUCAUCAGAUGUGGCUUUCUUUAAUCACUUUCGUUAGUUCGAAUUUCAGUUAAUUCGA